AUGGAUGAACUGAAGAAGAAGAGAAACAUCAGAGGAGGACAUAGAGCUUUUGCAACGCAGUUGAUCAGACAGAUUGAAGAUAGUCUGGAAGAUCAAUUGAAGUUGAAGCAGCUUGAGAUACAGCUAGAUGAGAAAUUUGAAGUCUUAGGAAAAUUGGAUGACGAAAUUUUGGGUCUUGUAAGCGAAAUUGAUGAAGAUGGUUUGGGAUGCUUACAAGAAAUUUCUGAGGCUGGAGAGAUGAAGGAAAAAAUAAAUCUAGCGCUGCUCAAGUUGAAGAGUUUAGUGAAGAAUGAGAAGCAGUUGGAAUCGCAAAAGCCUAAUUUAACAAGACAUGGCUCAGAAGAAUCAGUUUAUUCUGUAGAAAGUUCAGCGUCGUCAGCAACUCGUAAAGUUCGUGCGAAGCUACCGAAGUUGGAACUGAAAAAAUUUAGUGGCCGCCCCCAAGAUUGGCAGGAGUUCUGGGAUAGUUAUAAAAGUGCGGUUUACGAAAACGAAGAGAUUUCAAAGAUUGACAAGUUUUCGUAUUUGAAGCACUAUUUGGAAGAGCCUGCCAAAAAAGUAAUUGCUGGACUUGCUUUGACUGAAAAAAAUUAUGCCGUAGCUGUCGAUUUGCUUGAACAGAGAUUCGCGCGACCAACGACGAUAAAAAGGGCACAUAUCAACGAGCUUCUGAAUUUAGAUGCGGUUUUUAAUGAAAAACAUGUUAAGAAGAUGCGAGAACUUUAUGAUACUAUUGAGACACACCAUCGUGGAUUGAAAGCCUUAGGGGUCGACGAAAUAUCAUACUCGAACAUAGUUGUACCUGUUUUAAUGGACAAGGUUCCAGAGGCUGUUCGCCUGAACAUGAUUCGAGGAAGUAAGAAUCACCAAGAAUGGGAUAUGGAAGAAAUGCUUGUGGCUUUUCGAGAAGAAUUGGAGAUUCGUGAACAGCAUGUUUCGAUUUCAAUGGCUUUGGGAAAUGGGACCGUUUCUGGUAGGACGUCACCAGAACGGCGAAGUGAGAUGAAACCGAGGUUUCCUGGUCGAACAACAACAGCGAGUGCGUUGUUUACGAAACAAGAUGGUGGAUUUGCGAGAAGAAAGUUCUGUGUAUUUUGUAAAGAAGAUCAUGAAGAAGCCGAUUGUCACAACGUCAGGAACAAGGAAGAAAGGAAGGAUCUUGUUUUCAAAUAUGGACGUUGUCUUUUGUGUUUAAAAAAGGGACACAGAGCUUAUCAGUGUCAUUCGAAGGAAAAAUGUAAGUUGUGUAACAAACGACACCAUGUUGCAAUUUGUAAUGUUGUUGGUAGUCAGCCUAGUGCUAACCAAGCUCGUGUCAAGACUGUUGAUACUACUGUUACCACUUCUUGUGUAAGUAAUAUAGAUUCUGGGGGGAGAGCAGUCUUGCAAACCGCCAAGGCCGUAGUUACAGGUAGCAUAAGGAAUGUUAAGGCACGUGUUCUUUUUGACUCAGGUAGUCAGAGGAGUUUUGUAACACGAAGUAUGGUAGAAAAACUUGGUUUGAACCCCAUUAAGCAAGUGCGCUUAGGUAUAAAGACAUUUGGAUCUCAAAAUAUGGACGAGAAGAUAAGAGAUGUGGUCGAGUUAGAGUUGAAAGGAGUUGAAAGUGGAGGGAAAGUGAAAAUACAGGCCUUUGUUGUUAAUGAAGUUUCAGAAAUACGCAAUGAACAUGUUGAAAUAUUGAAGUAUGAUUAUAAGCAUCUUACUAACUUGUGGUUUUCAGAUGUUUGUAGGCACGAAGAUUCCCUUAUUAUAGACAUUUUAGUUGGAAGCGAUUGGCUUUGGACGCUUCAAGAUGGUCGUAUAAUACGAGGGGAGCCAGGAGAGCCUGUUGCCAUUCAUACUAAGAUUGGAUGGGUUGUGUCAGGGCCAAUAAAGGGUAAGUUAACUGAUUUGGCAGAAUCUUGCUCUUCAAAUUUGGUUGUAAAUGGUAAUGGUAUAACAGUUAAUUUGAUGCACCAGAAUAAGGAACAGGAAUUAGAACAAGACAUUAAAAAACUGUGGGAUCUUGAGACUUUAGGAAUUAAAAGGCAAGAUAAGGUGCAUGAAGAAUUUUUGGAUAAUAUAGAGUUUAAAGGAGAUAGAUACUCG